ACAGGUUUCAAGUUUUUCCAAUAAAACACUGGUGGGAGGGGAGGAGUCCUUGAAAAACAAAUGUAAUCAGUGAGCGUUCCAUUCAGUCAGAGAAUUCAGUCAUCUGUAGCGAAGGCAUCUACCCUGAGCUCAGAUAGAAGUGUAGCUCUAUAGAACUAGAUCUCAGAUAGAAGUGUAGCUCUAUAGAACUAGACCUCAGAUAGUAGUGCAGCUUUAUAGAACUAGACCUCAGAUAGAAGUGCAUCUCUAUAGAACUAGAUCUCAGAUAGAAGUGCAGCUUUAUAGAACUAGACCUCAGAUAGAAGUGCAGCUCUAUAGAACUAGAUGAGCAGAAUGGCGUCGACCUCUGCUGACGUGCUGCCGACUGGCAGCCGGAUCUUCACCUCCAUCCCAGACCUCUUCUUCAUCCCUGAGUUUGUCUUCGGGGGUCUGGUAUGGACGCUGGUCGCCUCCAACCUUGUGGAACCUGAAAACCCCCUGGGCUGGGUCAUGUUCGUCUCCAUCUUCUGCUUCGUCAUGACAACGCUCUGGUUCUUCAUCUUCGCCUGUGGAGCCAAUCAGGGUGGCAUCUGGCCCUCCUUGGAUGUGGCCUACCACUUUGUUGCCGUGCUGUUGUACCUGAGUGCGUCUGUGGUGCUGGCCUACUUGACCGUGGCGAUAGGAACUGUUGCAUCAGCUGUCCCCGUGCUGCCGCCCAGCGCCCUCAAGAUCUACCGCCUGGACAUCGCUGCUGUGGUGAUGUCUUAUCUCACCACACUGCUCUAUUUUCUACAUGCCAUCUUCUCUGCUCUGCGGUGGAAGAGCUCCUGAGGAAUGAAGAUCAACAAUGUUCAGACAGCCCUUAGAUUAGAAUCAAUUAAUCAGUUGAAGAUGAUAUGGUGAUUAUCACCAUAUCAUCAUCAGCUGAUAUCUACUAUUAGAUAUCAGCAUAGCAUACGAUCAGAAUACUAUACUGUAAAAAGUAGAGAACUUUAGGUUAUUUUUAGCUUCAGCAUCCUAAAUAUUCUGAGCAAAACAUGUUAUAUAAACUAUAUGAACCUCCCUGGAUACCUCGACCCUAACCCUCACCCUCGAACCCUAAUCUUCUUUCACUAACCCUCACCAUCUAUCCCUAACUCCCUAACCCCAACUCUCUAACCUCCAACGGUCUAAACUAUUUUACUUGAUUAAAGUAACUAGAGGAGACAUUUUACAGUCUCCUCAACAGGUCGUCUUAGUUAGUUAGUUUGGACAGGGCUAGGAUUAGCUUCAGCUAGCCAUUUCAGUGAGUUAGUUUAGACCUGGGCUAGGGUUAGCUUCAGCUAGCCAUUUUAGUGAGUUAGUUUAGACCUGGGCUAGGGUUAGCUUCAGCUAGCCAUUUCAGUGAGUUAGUAUAGACCUGGGCUAGGGUUAGCUUCAGCUAGCCAUUUUAGUGAGUUAGUUUAGACCUGAGCUAGGGUUAGCUUCAGCUAGCCAUUUUAGUGAGUUAGUUUUGACCUGGGCUAGGGUUAGCUUCAGCUAACCAUUUUAGUGAGUUAGUUUUGACCUGGGCUAGGGUUAGCUUCAGCUAACCAUUUUAGUGAGUUAGUUUAGACCUGGGCUAGGGUUAGCUUCAGCUAGCCAUUUCUGUGAGUUAGUUUAGACCUGGGCUAGGGUUAGCGUCAGUAGCCAUUUCAGUGAGUUAGUUUAGACCUGGGCUAGGAUUAGUCCAGGUCCCUUUUUUUAUGUUUCCGUUAAUAUUCGCAAAAAAAACAAAAACAUAUACACUUGACAUUUGAAUCUGAGAUGUGUAAUAAAUAUAUUUGAUAUUAAUUUGACCGGUCUGAAUUAUUUCAGAAUAUAUA